ACGCAGAGAACGUGAGAAAUUCCAGGAACUGCACAGUGUCCAUCUGUCCAUCCCCGUGUGACUGAAACCAAAUCAGAUUAAGGAUGCUGGGUUGUGGAUGUGUGCUGCUCUCUGGUCUGCUGACAUUGACCUUGUUCCACUGCAGUGUGGAAAGUCUUCAUGUACCCCAAGAAAGAUCAGAGUAUGUGGAACCAUCUGUCGUGGAGGGCCGCAGUGUCCAGCAAGGCCAGACCGAGCAGAAGACCUCAGGAGUCGUGAAUGCUAAAAUCCUCCUGCACGACCAGCUGGUCCGACUGGAGAACGAUGUCAUUGAGACCAAGAGGAAACGCAGCUUCCCUGGAUCCAACACGCCUCUUGACCGCCUGUCAAUCAGCACCAUGGAUCCCAAAAGCAACAAGCAGAGGAAGGUCGUUGAGUUGCCGCGGCGACGAGUCAGCAUUCCCAUUGACCGGAUUGGCGUAGGCCGUCUUCCCAGCAGCCGAGGAUAGACCCCGCCUCUGACCACGCCCCGACAAACAGAGGGUAAUAUCGCAGGUAGAUGAUAUGCAUGAUAAGCACACCAGCCGGCUACUCACUAACCACUGAAUGAUCUUAGCGUUCUCAACACACCUUUAAUCAUCUGCUCCAGAGCUAUUCUGAUUUAGACCUUAUAUCUGAUCAAACUGUUUAUUUCCAGUUCUGACUCAUCAUCAUAUAAAUUCAACAUCUAAACUGUAUUGCUUUCAUGAAAUGAGUUCCGUUUAUGAUGUCAGAAGCAUUAGCCAAUCAGAGAGGAAUCUGCUCAUGGCUUCCGUUAUUGCACAUCUCAAUAUUUACUCCAGUGCCUCACGACUUCUCGCUUGCUGUAAUAUACAUAACUAUUGUCAUUUUCUCACUUUGACUGGAGGCUGUUCAGCCUUGACAAUA